ACCUCUCCACGCAGCUGCAUUUGCUGGCCACAUAGACUGUGUUCAGCUGCUCCUGGCCCAUAGUGCAUCUGUGGAUGAGGUUGACCAAUCAGGGCGCAGUACCCUGAUAAUGGCAGCGGAGAAAGGAAGAGUCGAAGUUUUAGAAGCUCUACUUACUAGUGCCAAUGUGAACCUCAAUCUGACUGACCAGAAGGGCAAUACAGCUCUCCAUCUAGCCUGCAGUAACGGAAUGGAGGAAUGUGCAUUGCUCAUUCUUGGAAAACUUCCAGACUCUGCCCUCGUCGCUACAAACGCUGCACUGCAAACACCUCUGCAUUUGGCUGCUCGCAGCGGGAUGAAGCAGACAGUGCAAGAGCUGCUCUCUCGUGGGGCCAGUGUUCAAGUACUAGAUGAGAAUGGUCUCACCCCUGCUCUGGCUUGCGCUCCCAGCAGGGAAGUGGCUGACUGCCUGGCUCUUAUUCUGGCUACCAUGAUGCCUUUCUGCUCCCCUUGCAGCUCUGGAGCUCCUUCGCCAGGCGCCCUGCUGAAAUCUCUGCCCCGCCAGGCCAAGAGCACCCAAGGCCCCCGCAGUCCAAGGGACCCCUCUGGCCCCUCCAGUGAGGGCACGACCACCGAAAACGACUCGGACUCAGAGACAUUUUGACCCCAACUCCUUCUAGAUGCGCCGGUCAUAGUUUUCAAAGCACAUAUUGUCAUGAACCUUACAGUUGUACAGAUUUUUGAUUAUGGAGCACAGCCUCUAUAACAAGAGAAUAUGACAUAUAGCACACAUGGUACGCUUUUGUUCUGCCACACUUGUUUGCACAGGAGAUUUUUUCGAAAGCCGUUUUAAUCAGUUUAACACAGGUUGAUUGAUGAUGGAUUGCCAAAUGUUGGCUGACUUGUCACACUUGAAGGAUGAUGAUGUAAAGUGCAAAGUGGUGUGUCUUAAUCUGUGGACUUUUGAAAGCACAAACUCAUUUCACCCUUGUUGGGACCAAUCAGGAAACAAGAAAUCACAUUUUUGGAAUAACAGGGGAAUUGGCGUCACUGUUACCAACCUUACUUAAUAUUUAUUUGUAAUUAAAGGCUGGAAUACACCACACAACUUUUCCCAGAUUUUUGCCCCGAUUCACAGUCUUGACGAGUUGAUGCAGUUGCGGUCAGAGCCGUAUUACAGAUUGACAGAUCGAAAUGACUUGGUGUGUGAUUAUCAGCCAUUUAAAAAUCUUUUCAGAUUUGAAAAGUUGUGUAGUGUAUUUCAGUCUUAAGACUAGUUAGACUGAAAGUCUAAAGUCAUGAAAUCCAGUGUAAUGUGAUGAAAAAUCCAAUGCAAGUUCUCCAUUUCUGAAUCGUACACCAGUUGUACUUUACACAUUAUAUUUGACAUGUUGUGAAAAGAAGACUCUUUAGAUUUAUAUUGCAAAAAGAGCAUUUUUAAUCCACUUAGAUAACAACAUUUCUAGGCCUUGAUGGUCUAAACUUACGUCUGACGCUUUUGGAGAGUGACACUUUUGCCACUCGGUUCCUUCUCCGACAUAAAGACAGUGUUCAGAUAAUACUUCUAUUCAGGUUGAAUUUUAGAUUCUAGUGAGAGGGCAUAGCAUGUUAUGUGAACCAUGAUGUUCUCAAGCCUGUACCGAUAUUUAUUAACAUUUAGAUAACAAUGGUACUACAGCGGUAUGCACUUAUGUAUAGGAGUAAAUGGGUGUUUAAAGGAUUAUAAUUCUGGCAUUGUUUACUCAUGUCAUUGUUUUUGUGGAACACAAGAAGAAUCUUAAUGUGGCUCUUUCCAUACACCAAUACUAUGUCUGUCAAGCUCUAAAAGUGACAAAUAAAUACCUCCAAAAGAGCUACAUACUGUAUUCCAAGUCUUCUGAAAUCCUACGAAAGCUUUGUAUGAGAAAGAGGCCAAAUUUAAAGCUGUAAUCCACUGAUAAUAUUUCCCUUCAUUGAGCUGUUGGUUCUGGAUCAUUGUGUUAGUGAAAUGAACAGAAUUGUGAACAAAUCAACCAAUUUAUCAAAAAGAACCAGUUUAAAAUAAUUAUUUGUUCACUAAUUGGACUGAUCAAGACUUGUUCUGGACCCAGCAGCCAACAGCUCACUGAAGGGAAGUUUAUCAGUGAAUAAUGACUUAAAUUUUAGUCUGUUCGUCACACAAAACUAUUAUGUUGCUUCAAAAGACUUCUCCUUUUGUGUCCCAUGAACAGAAAAACAGCAGCGGUUUGAAGUAAUGUGAGAGCAAGUAAAUAAUGACAGAAUUGUGAGUUUGGGGUUAACUAUUCAUUUAAAAAUGAAUCUAGGACUAUAAUUAACGUUCCCUGUCUUCUUUUUUCUUUCCUUCUGAAAUUCUUUUAAUCAUUUGCACUGGUUGAAUAUCAAUCCUUUAUUUAAACCGAUUUCUAAACAUGCUUUUGGGGGAUGUUAGCAAGAGUGUUUGAAUCACCAUUUUGAUUCUAUUUUGCUUCAAAAGAUAAAGAGCUUUCAGUGAAGAUGGUGUUUUAAUAUCUUGCCGGUCAGAAACUUUCCAAAACAAAUUCAAAAUGUAAAUGUAAACCACCAUUUGUCUGUUUGCCUUUGUCCACAAUGUGCCAGUUUCUCCACCGUGUCCAGUGCCUUGUUCUGCAUGUUCAGACUGUGUUAGAUUACAUCAGUAUAUGUCUGUAUGUAUGUAUUAGAGUGUAAUGAAUGUCUGAAGAUGUGAAGAUAAGUCUGGGUCACACCUGCCAAUCGCAAGCCAAUGUUUUUCACCAAGUCCUGAUGUUUGUGCCUAUGAGUGUGUGAUUUACAAUAGAAAACAGUCUUUGUACAUAUCAGCUCAUGGACAUUAUCAUCACCAGAGCAAAAAUUGCACACAACUGUCUUAUAACGGAAGCACAUGGUUGAUUUCUUUUCAUAUAUUAGAUGGAUUGUGAGUGAAAGGACGCAGAAGAAUGAGUCAAACAGUAUUAUAACAGGGGAAAAAAAGCUUUGAAA